AUAUUUGAUUGGACAAAUUUAUUAGCUAUGUAAUAAGAGUGGUGUGACAAAACCAACUACGAGCAGAACUAAGUGGAUCGGUCGAUCAUAACUUUUGCUCGCUCUUGUCGUCAAAAUGGCUUCUUCUAACGCAAAGGAAAUCAAGACGAUGAAAUUAUAUAGCCAUAUCGACAGGGUCAAUAAGGAAUUGCAAGAGCUUGGUUACAAACAUGGAGAUCCUUUGAAAGUGGAGGAUGUCAAUAAGUUUGAUCAGAUGCACUAUUAUGGAAGCAAAGCAGUCAACGAGGCAAUAGAUAUGCUAGGAGUAAGCUCAUCUCACAAGAUCCUUGAUGUAGGCUCAGGUCUAGGGGGUCCUGCACGGCAUUUGGCUCACACCACAAAUUGCUCUGUCACUUGUCUUGAGCUUCAAGAGGAUCUUCACUCAGAGGGGCAAGAUUUGACAAGGAGAUGUAACUUACAGGAGAAAGUAACUCACACAUCAGGAGAUUUUCUCAAAAUUGACUUAGGUGAUGGCAGUUAUGAUUUUAUAGUGUCUUGGCUGGUUUUUCUCCACAUUCCAGAUAAGAAGAGUAUAUUUGAACGCUGUUUUCAUAAUUUGAAACCAGGAGGAAAAAUUUUUAUUGAAGAUUUCUAUCAGAAGUCAGGUGUAGAUUUAACCGAAGACGACCUGAGAGUUUAUGAACAAGACUUGUACAUGAGCAAUCUCGCUGAAAAAGAUGCUUAUAUAAGCCAGGUGAAGGCAGCAGGGUUCACCGAUGUCCAGUUUGAUGAUCUGACCGAAGCUUACCUGUCGUUCGUUUCAAACAGACACCAGGAAUUUUGCAAACAGAAAGAACGCCAUGUGCGGGUGAUAGGGCAAGAUGCAUUCGAUUCCCUAGAAUAUUUUUACUCAAAAGUUCUUUGCGUAUUCACGAAAGGCAUUACGGGAGGUUGUCGUGUUAUUGCGACUAAACCAGUUUUGUAGAUCAAAGUUAAUAGUUUCCUAAUUAAAAAAGACGUUUGCGCAUUAAGUAGUUUUAAAAAAUAUAUUAUAAAAUAAUUCAAAUAGUACGCGCGCUCUGAUUGGCCAUAGAACCAUUUUACAUGAGCGUAUGUAAACACGGUUUUCAUAAUGAAUCUUCUCGCGGAGUUCUCCCUGCUAUUAAUUUAGCUGUAACUCAGUUUCUUUAAGUUUGUUUUGAGUACAGUAAUGGAAGCAGAAGUUUUUCCUAAUUUUUCUUUGGAGUUUAAUUUUCCCAGUAUUCAAGAAACGGCCGAAAAGCCAAAUGAACAACAACAACAAGCACGUCGCUUUCCUUCGUUGCAAGAAGAGGAUCUUUCUUUAGUUAUUUUAUAAAAGAUAGGCCCGAUAUUAUCUCGUGUUAUCUCUUAUCUCGUGUUCUCCCAACCUCCUGCGUUUUCACAUCAGGCUAUGUAAACACGGAAACCAUUUUACAUUUCUUCAGUGACAAACUAAGAAAUAUAUAAUAUAUAUAUAUAUAAUAAAAAAUAUUCCAUGUUGCCGAGUGUCUGUUCACGGAUAGAUCACAGAAGACACCAGUCAUAGACGUCAAAGAGUGGCACACGAAGCGCAGCCAUAUUAUGCGCGCAUAGGAGAGUUUAGAGACUGGUACCGAGUGAAAUAAACCGCUACUUCUCGUGCCAGUCCCUCGCGUUAUUUUAGUUCGGCGCUUCUGGCUGAAACGAGCUUACUCGGAGCUUUAAACACAGACUCCACGCUAGCUGAUCUGAGGUCUGUCUUUGUUCAGGCCUUAGAACAAAGCAUAUUGAUUCAAAGUAUAAUCGAAGCUCUGGACAAUCGUGUAAAUAGGACAGUCUUUAGUGGACGGUGGACUCUGGGUAGAGAUUGCCAGGGCCCAUAACUUGGGAAAAAUCUUGAAAGUCUAAAAUAAAUUCUGAAAACACUUUUGACAAAUGAGAAGGACGAUAUACGUAGAAUGCAACAAACAGCAAAAGUGCUAGAGCAACAGAAAUAAAAAUCUUAGCUACA